AUCUCGGAGAAGGAGAUGAGAAUUUGCCAAGGUCGUCUCGGCACAAAAGUGUGGUAUCCCAUCGGCCAGUGGCCACCGCGUCCUUUCGCCCAAGCAGCCAGGCGCCAGCCGACGGCCCAGCGCAAAGAAGAGGCGUGCGUCCCCGGCCAGGGCCAGCGAGAGCCGGGCAGAGUAGCAGAAGCAGAGUCCGACUCGCCCCUAUUAAUAAGGCGCCGUGCGCGUGCUAGCCACCUCACCUCCUCCCACCUUGCGAUCCAAAGUCCAAACCGGCUCUUCGCCUUUCCUCGCCUGGGAGAUCAGCGUGCGCCGCAGCCCACCCGCCCCCCGCCCAUCUCGUCGGGAAGGAGAAGGAGGAGAAUCAGCAAGAUGUCAAUUGCAACGGCUCCAUGUGUGCGCAUUGCUAGAUCCGGGGCUGGUUGCCGGGCUGUUUCUCCAGCGAUCAGAAGCCCUUCCUUUGUCGGUUACACGAAACAAACAUCAAACUUAUCAGGCUUAAGGAUCUCAAACAAGUUCAGGGUGUCUGCCACGGCCGUGCACAAGGUAAAGCUCGUAGGCCCGGACGGAGAGGAGCAUGAGUUUGAAGCCCCUGAAGAUACCUACAUUCUUGAGGCAGCUGAAAACGCUGGGGUGGAGCUGCCAUUCUCUUGCCGUGCUGGAUCAUGUUCCACAUGCGCGGGCAAGAUGACAACUGGGGAAGUCGAUCAGUCCGAGGGUUCCUUCCUCGAUGAGAACCAGAUGGGCGAGGGCUAUCUUCUGACCUGCAUUUCAUACCCCAAGGCGGAUUGUGUCAUUCACACCCACCAGGAGGAAGAACUCUAUUAGUUGGCUCACAUAUGCUUCUGUGGCACAAUUGUUCAAGUUUCAUGGUGGAUUCGUUGUUGUUAAGUUUUGCUAUCUAGAGAUGACUAGGUGGGCGUUUCUGGCUAUCAGUUCGGUCUUUCGGUGAGACCAUGAUAUAUGGGUUGUGGCAAUAAUCAAUGUUAUCAAUUCAAACUGCAUUUGCUCAUAUUGCAGCAGUUCGAAGAACCUCACACUGUUGGAAAUUUCGAGAACAUGUACUUGUGGGUCACCUGUAGUAGGAAUUAUUUGGCCUGUCCUCUGUUUGCACUC